UGUGCUCCCUCAAGUAUCUGAGCCAGCUCCAUCCUUUUCUUUUUUUCUUCUUUGACAGGGAGCCAGCUCCUUCUUUCCUCGUCCCAUAUUCAUUUUGUUGACCAUCGCAUUCUUUCUCUUGGAUCUCAGUACCCAGAUUGUUGGCAGUGCUAAUCUAUUUUUGCUACUGCUAAUGAUUGUUUCUUUACGUCCCACAAGGUUGAAAGGACUGUUUUUUUAUUCUUUUGUUAAUCUCGUGCCAGAUGGAUCAAGGGUUUCGAUUUCUAUGUCAAGCAGAAGUCAAGAGAUUACUUUUUUUGAUGGGAGCUGCUUUUUCUUUAGUUAUAGCGAUUCAAUACUUUGAAGUUCCAUCUAGUGCAGUUUUAUCCUUAUUUUCCGUUGUUAACAAUAGUAGCAAUUUUUUCUCUAGAGAAUCAUCAUCAAAUUCUAAAUUACUAGGUAAUAGUAAUACCACUCUUUCUAAUGGUUUAAAUUCAACAAUUGUAAGUUCACUUCAUGACACUACAAAUAUUAGCGAGGUCUCGUUUUCCAAGAAAGAAAGUAGUUUCAUAGGAGAUAGUGAUCGAGGUGCAGUUAACAGUUCCGGAUUAGUCCCUAAUGGGACUAUAUUAGAUGAUCACACAGAGCAAAACAAAAGUUCGGUAUUGGAGAAAGGUGGAAAUUCAGUCAAUAGCUCUAUUUCCCUUAUGAAUGUUACAGAAGAAAUGGCUUCGGUAUUACAAAAUAAUAGAAGCUCAGAUACAGUAAGCACAAUUAACAAAGAAGGGAAUUCUGGAUUGGUGUCGAGUAAUUCUUCCGUGUCGAGCAGUGAUUCUUCUGCUUCUAAAGCUUCUGCAAUGAAGAAGUCCAAAAAGCCACCGACAAGAGUAUUCUCAAUUUCUCAGAUGAAUGAUUUCUUGCGGCAGAGUCGUGCUUCUUUCAAUUCCGUGAGACCACACUGGCCUUUGGAGGUCGAUCAGCAACUGAUGUUUGCAAGAUCACAAAUUGAGAAUGCACCGGGCGUAAAGAAUGAUACUGUACUAUAUGCACCUAUAUAUCGUAACGUGUCAAUGUUUGAAAGGAGUUAUGAACUGAUGGAGAACAUGCUCAAAGUUUUCAUCUACCAAGAGGGAGAAAAACCUAUUUUUCAUCAGUCUAUACUAGAGGGAAUAUAUGCAUCAGAAGGAUGGUUCAUAAAGCUCAUGGAAGCAAACGAAAAAUUUGUCACAAAAGACCCCAAAGAAGCUCAUCUAUUUUACAUUCCUUUUAGUUCACGACUUCUGGAAUUAACACUCUAUGUACGGAAAUCACACAGCCGCAACAACCUUAUUGAGUACAUGAAAAAUUAUACAGAUAUGAUAGCGGCUAAGUACCCAUUCUGGAGCAGAACUGGUGGAGCAGAUCAUUUUGUUGCUGCAUGCCAUGACUGGGCACCAGCUGAAACUAGAGGACGUAUGCUUAAUUGUAUCAGGGCUCUCUGCAAUGCUGAUAUUGAUGUAGGCUUCAGGAUAGGCAAGGAUGUAUCUCUUCCAGAAACAUAUGUGCGCUCAGCUCAGAAUCCUCUCAAGAAUUUGGAUGGCAACCCUCCCUCCCAGAGACCUAUCCUUGCAUUUUUUGCAGGUAAUGUACAUGGUUUUGUCAGGCCAAUUCUAUUGGAGUACUGGGAAAACAAAGACCCUGAAAUGAAAAUAUUUGGUCCAAUGCCUCGUGUGAAGGGCAACACAAACUACAUUCAACUCAUGAAGAGCAGCAAGUACUGUAUUUGUCCAAGAGGGCAUGAAGUCAAUAGCCCAAGAAUAGUUGAGUCAAUAUUCUAUGAAUGCGUUCCAGUAAUAAUAUCCGACAACUAUGUGCCUCCUUUCUUCGAGGUGUUGGACUGGGAAUCAUUUGCUGUUUUUGUGUUGGAGAAGGAUAUCCCAAACUUGAAGAAAAUACUCCUUUCUAUCCCAGAGGAGACAUAUGUGGAGAUGCAUAAGAGAGUGAAAAAGGUACAACAGCAUUUCCUUUGGCAUUCAGAGCCUGAAAAACAUGAUUUAUUUCAUAUGAUUCUUCACUCAGUUUGGUACAACAGAGUUUUUCAAACGAGACCUGCUUAAAUCCUCUUGUAUAGAUACUGUUUUGGAUGAGAAAUGUAGCAGCAAUGUAUAACCACAAGAAGAAUGCUGAAAAUGACCCCUUUUUUUCUAACACAUAA